UCCAUGACGUCUACGUUACACUUUGUUUUUGUACGAGAGAUUAACUAGUGUGCUCUAGCUGCUGCCUAUCAUGUAGCCUGACUUUAUCAUUUGUGAUUUACUAUCAUUGUGAUUUUAUUCACUCAAUCAAACAGUUGGCUUUUCUGGGAAUUUUAGUAAAUGUGAAAUUGAUCGUUCGAAGUAGGCCAUGAAUGGAAAUUCAAAUCCGCUUUUGGACAAAGAAGAGCAUGUCUUAAAGCUUGGGGAAAGCUUUGAAAAACGCCCUAAAUCUUCGUUUCAUACCAUUAGAUAUGAUUUCAAACCAGCGUCCAUAGACACAACUUGUGAGGGGGAACUGCAAGUUGGAAAAGGAGAUGAAGUCACCAUCACAUUACCUCACAUUCCGGGUUCCACACCACCCAUGACGGUAUUCAAAGGCAACAAGAGGCCAUAUCAGAAAGACUGUGUUCUGAUCAUCAACCAUGACACCGGGGAGUAUAUCCUUGAAAAGCUGAGUAGCAGCAUACAGGUCAAGAAGACCAGAGCGGAGGGCAGCAGUAAGAUCCAGGCGCGUAUAGAGCAGCAGUCAGUAAGGGCUAACCAGCCUCCCUCACAGUUCCGUGCUCCAACCAAGCCAGGAGUGGGUGCCAAAGCAUCUCCAUCACCAUCACCAUCCAAGGACAAUCCCUCCCCUGAGCCUCAGCUAGAUGACAUCAAGAGAGAGCUGCGCGCGGAGGUGGAGGUCAUCGAGCAGAUGAGCAGCAGCGGCAGCAGCAGCUCGUCAGACUCGGGCAGCGGCUCUGGGAGUGGCGACGACAGCUCCAGCAGCGACGGCGAGGGCGAGCGAUCGCGAUCGCCUGCUCCCCACCACCAGCCCUCUCCAAACCGCCUCCCCGUGGUCAACGGCACUGACAAGCCCCAGAGCAGCAACCAGCUCAUCAAUACGCUCAGGAAUGACCUUCAGUUGAGUGAAUCUGGAAGCGACAGUGAUGAUGACUGAGCACCUUUUGUUUUCCCAUCUUCGCUGCCAUUCUCCUUCCACUGAGUACCCCAAUCCCUCAAGCCCCCAAACCCCCAAACCCCCAAACCCUAGCUCUCAGUGUACACUCACUUGUGCAAAGCUUGGCUCCUCUAUAUUUUAACUAUCCCGCUGACUGAGCACUGGGAGAUUAAAAGAGUGUAUUUUUUAUUAGAUGUAUAUUUUAUUUUGUAUUUCAGAGUUCAGAUCUUUUACAUAUGAGGUUGGAAGAAGGUGUGUAUCUUGGCUUACAUAUUCAGAGACAGCAGAUAAACAUGGUGGAGAUAUGUAUCAGGCAAUGGCAUGAGUGUAUUUUAACUUGAGUCUUUAUUUUCACUGUAUUGGACCUGCUCAUUUAAUCACUCCUGAUACUGUUAGCAUACUCAGCUUUUAAACGGUUACAACAGCCCAUAAGCAGUGCAGCCCAUUGACAUUUUAGACAUAUUUCAGUUUAUUAUCUUUUAUGAUGUUCACCUUGUAUGGGGAUCCACUGUACAGAAGAAAAGGCUUAUCUUUUUCCUAUCAGAAAAAAAAGAAAUAUAUAUAUAUUUUGUAUUUUAGACAUAUUCCAGGACUACGAGCCCGGGAGGUGGCAUUGCAAGAAUUUUGUUUAUUUAUUAUUAUUAUUUUUGUAUAUCGAGAGAAUGCGUGCUUGUUUUUACUAAAUUGUGUGCCCAUUUUACAAAAUUGGGCUCUUGUUUGAAUUAAUUGUGAGCUCUUUUGAAUUAUUUUGGUUAUUUAUCAGUUGAUCAGAACUAAGGGGAGCAGAACAGAUUGUUCGGUAAAAAGCUGGAAAGUUUGGCAAUUCCCACAUUAGAGCAAAGUUUCCCUAUAUCAACAACUCUGUCAAUAAAAAUACAAAUGACCAAGUGAUUUUUAUAGACUUAGACUGUGACAGCGACGUUGUAGAUGGUCAUGAUCAUGACAGUCGGCUGGACACAAUAUUAAGCCAUUUGUCCAGUUCUUAAGGUUUGAUCUUAAGAAUAUCAAGUUGUAGCGUGUAGCCGACCUUUCUAAAAUAAUAAUAAUUACAAAAAACAUUCGAACAAAAGCAUGAAAAGAAGUGCAGGAUUCACUUAAAGGAAGCAUGUGAUUUAAGAAAAACAAGCAUGAUUUAUUAGACGUUUGAGUAAAAUGCGCCUCCUGGGCUUUGUAUAGAACAGGUGGAAGUGCAUGAGAUGGAUUUGGCCUGUCCCAUGAAUUCUCCCAGCAGAGGGAGAGCCUGUGAUUUCAGGAUGCCUACAAGUCAGCUCCAUAUGAUAGUAGUGUGACACAAUCAGUGAUGGGUAAAAGUCACGAGGAAUGUUACAUUUUAGUCACAAGGGAACAAUUGGUGCAACUUUAUGCAGGCAUCCUGUACAAUAAACAAGGAUUGAAAUAUAUAGCUAUAUCUACAGAUACAUUCAUAAAAAAGUGAGACUUUGAAACAGUAUUUUGUCAUUCAGCUGGUCACAGGCUUUAGUUUUCCCAAUGGCCCUAUUGGUUUUAUGUAGCAGUCAUCUACCAAAAUGUCUAACAAUCUGAAAGAAGAAAAAAAAGGCAGGUCACAUCAGGUACAGAAUAUACCACUUCCUAUUUUUUCAGUUACUGAAUUUAAGUUGUCUUUACAUCACCUCUUUUUUGGACACAUUCAACAAACAGACAUAUGUCUGAUAUCACAGGUCACUUUAAUGAAUGUGUAUAUAUGUUAUCACAUAGGUCAUGCUGUUAGUACACAUAUUGGGAAUGCAAAAAGGAACAAAAUAUAUCAGGGUGUUAAAAUAAAAUGGCCAAUAUGCAGGACACAAAGUGUGUAUAGACAUAGAGUCUUCAACUCUGGCUCCCAUGCUUUAGACGUUACUGAAGAGUGAGUUAUAAGAAAGCGGCGGCCAUUUUAUCAGGAUUAGAACAUUCACAAUUUGCAGUUGUAUACUAUUAUCUUUGUGAGCAGUUCUUUUUUCUGUGUGUUCUGUACUUCCCCACCGCUGUGGUGCAUAUCUGGCCCUCUCCAUCUCCCAAGCUUGAUGGCUUCUUUGCUUCCAUAUUGGGGUUAUUUUAGUUGUUUAUUUAUCAGUGUAUCUACCGUUUGUAUUUUGUGGAAUUUUAAAUGCAUUAAAGUUUGUGUCUAUCCAAA